CACACGUUUUGACGUCCUAUAGAUGCUGCGCUCGUUCGUAGAUAAUUGCCCGGAUAAACAUUGAGUGUUGCGUAACGCAUCCGGUCUUUGUUAAACCUCUCGGCGUAUUUACGUGUCUGUUCUCUUCCAUCUCGCAUUUGUACUAUAUAUGAACAUUGAGAAACAAAAAUCUCCACCGUGAGGGACGCUAGUGUCGCCAAUAAUGGCCGCCAAAGAUACGAAACUCGCGUCAUCCUUUUUCCUUGUGUUACGAAAAGAAGGCAUUGAAUUUCGGGAGCGGAAACGGAAGUUUAUGAUUUGUUGACUUCUCGUAUUCUUAGAAUUAAUUUUCACAUCCUGACAAUUUUUAAUCAAAAAUGUGCAAGGUUGAGAAGAUUGAAUAAUUUUUUUCCAUUUCUAACCUAUCUCGUGUCUAAUAGAUUUUGAAAAUGAAUUUCUGCGUCUUUGAUUUUUGACCCCGACUUCGGAUCCUCGACAACACCGACCGUCGGAUUAUCCCGCGUUCGAUCUUUGUUAUUCGUGUUCCGACAAAAUGGAGUUGAGAGUCACAUGCACGAGUAUAUGAGAGAAAACUGGUCGGCUCUUGGCACGUAGUGCAGGGGGUUCUCGGAGCUGUGUAUGGGCACAUAACCAUAAACGGCAGGUUGUUCGGUAUCCUCCCAAGGCUGGAAGGAUAACUCGACAAUCCGUUGCAAAAAAGCAUCCUCCGGUGAAAAUAUGCGGUCCGAGUGUCGCGUCAUUUUUCGAGAAUAAAAAUAUCGUACUUUGUUCGAUGCGAUCGUCAAUGCGAAUAUAAAAAAUUCGAACGGCUGUCGGUGCGGUACCGUUGAUUCGUCGUGCGUAAUGAGGCGUCCUUGAACGCUGUGUCAUUACACAUAGCCACAAGUGAACGAUUUCUGGCUCGACGAGUGGAGGCAAUCGUUUCCGGAUGCGAGAGCGAGCGUCGCGUUUCCGGAAGUCCCGGAGAAUGUAUUCGAGCCUCGAGCACAGAGAUCUGUCGGAAUGUCAGCUCAUGCAAGUACCAGACGCGGUCUAUCAUCUAAUGAGACACACGGAAUUAAAAAGGUGCGAUCUAUCCGGGAAUGUAAUAACGAAAAUACCAGCGAAAUUCGCCUUCAAAUUCUCACUCAUAACAGAAUUGAAUCUGAGCCACAAUCAAAUGAGCAAACUACCUGAAGAAUUGGCGGAACUCCAGGAACUGGAGAGUCUCGAUAUUUCUCACAACACGUUUAUAGCCCUGCCAACGGUCGCAUGUCGGAUACCACAGCUCAAAAGACUCCUUGCGAACAACAAUUCCAUCAUUGCCGUGGAUAUCGAGCAAGUGAGACGUUCGCCGGUGCUCGAGUUCAUCGAUCUCCAACAGAAUCCUCUGCCACCGCGGGUGCACGAUCUUCUGGGUACCCUCACAGAGAUCCGAGUAGAAAUAACACCUCGCGAGGUGGAAGAAUGGGAGGAUCUGACGGUUUGAUAAGCUCCGAAAAAGUGGAUUCAUCGUUUGACGUCGGCCAAAAAGAAGAAAAAACGAAUCGAUCGUGACUUUUGACGUUCGAGGAGUCCAUAAUUUUUUUCCAGGAGAAAAACGCCCCGUGACGAGAUCUUUUAUUGAGAUGGCCAGCUCAUGGACUCCGUCGGGACGAAAACUGAUUCAAAAUCUGCAAAAAAAACAAUAAUGAACGGAAAGAAGUAAAAAAGGCAAAAAUAGAAAAAAAAAUAACACGAAAGGAAUAUAUUGGAACGGGGCGAAAUGAAUUCAUGAUAGAAUAGUAUUUUGUACAGUGAUAAUAGACUGAUGCGCCUUUGUAUAAAAAAAAAAGAAAAGGAAAAACGAACUAAAAAGAAAAGCGUGCGGCGUGGUCGACGGUGAACAACGCCAAAGUGAUCCUACGUAUCUCUAUUAAUUAAUUUAGGGAUUAAAGUGAAAAAACGAAGCGACAAAUAAUCAUUGGAAUCGUUAUAUUAUUAUACAACGUACUUAAUCGUGUGAAGGGCGACCACGAAACGAGAAUUUUGCACUCCCCUAUUUUUACCGCAAGCGAUUAAUGAAACUGUGAUUGAUUUUUCUUUCAACUCUGACUCGCAUCGAAUAAGAAAAGUUCAAUUAUUGAAAAGCAGGCGUAAGUUGUUGAGAGAUGUUUCUUUUAAAGUUUCUAGUGGGCUCUCGAAGCACGAUUCUCGCAGCAAACGUGAUCCUCCGGCAUGCUUAAACGCGGGCGAUACAAUUUUUUUUUUAAUUUGUUAGUCAAGUGGAACCAAAAAAUAACGAAAUCCAGUUUUUCCUUUGCUACAUUUUACAGGUCUCUGAAAUUAUUUCAUUCCGUUUUCAAUCUCGGAUAGAAAUUUUCAUAUUACGAAGAAUUGUACAGAGUGAAAUGUCAAAACAUUGAUUUGAUUUUAAGCGCAUCUCAAGCCGGUUUUAGACAAAUUUUAGUGAAAUUUUUGUCGAUCUUUCAAUUGUGCUUUUCGGUUUUCCUCAAAAAGUUUGCACCCCAAAAUUCUUUAAAAUUUGAAUGUUGAUGUAUGAAAUAAUGAAGAAAAAGUUCGUUGCAACUUUUUCGGUGCCCCACUGACGUAUGAAAUCGAUUAGGGCAAUUUGACGCUUUUUACCUUUCCUUUUCAACUGUAAAAAAAAAUCAAGCACGCCAAGAAUUCUAUACCUACUGCCAAUAUCGAACGAGAAAGAAGACUCGUCUUUUUUCCCCCUUUUUUACUGUUAUAAAAUGCAACAAUCCGGAACGAGCAUUUUUGUAUCCGCGACUGGGAGUUACGAUAAGCAAAGCUUGUACAUUUAAUAGUGAUUCUCUGUUUUUCAAGGGUCUCCAGAAGCUACGGUGCGUAUCUCGUGGAUUUCUCAAUACCGAAAUCCCUGAAGAUGCCUUGUAUUUACCACUGUAUUGUUCGAUCUAGUCAAUUGUCCUCGGGACGUUGCAAUACACAAUAUACGAAAAUGUUACAUUUUCGUAUUAUAGACUCUAAUGAAAACUCUUCGAAAUCGGCGAAGCCAAUUUUUUAAUUGAAAAUAAAAAUACUGACGCACAUCAAGGCAAAGCACAUUGUGACAAUUCGCAAAAAUCCUACUAUCCGAAAAUGUAAAAUAAGUUUUUUUUUCUUUCAUUUCAUUCGAAAAAAUAGAACCUGUGAAACAGCCAAUCGUUUUUUUCCUACGAAAUAUAUUGCCGAAAAAUUCGAAUUCGACGAAAAAAAUAUUUUUAAAUUUGAACCAAAAAUCCGAAUUUCCAAACAUAAUUGGAACAAAAGUUCAAUGUUUCUCAUUACUCGAUUGGGAAAUAUGAAGGAGACAAUUAAUUGAUUCACCAUCUUCGUGUUUUGCUUGUAAAUGAGUUAUAUUGGUUUAGUACCUGUAUUUUCUCAAUAUUAAUAAAAUAAUAAUAAUAAUAAUAAUAAUAAUAAUAAUAAUAUGUAUAAUGAGUCGCAGAGUUAAUUAUCUACAAUACUUGUCAAUGGAUAUAAAAUCACAAAAUAUACAUAGAGUGGACACGUUCGAUAUCUGAGAGAUAUAAUACAAGAAUUUGUCUAUC